CCGCCAAAAACGGAAAUGACGUCGGGACAGAAAAUGGCGUACGCAAAGCCUGUAUCCUGCUGUGGUUCAAUUUAGAGCGAGUGGGGAUUCUCACUGUUUCUCUGGGCGAUAAUAUGGCAGUAUACCGUUGCCGUCCGCUUUCUUGAUCCCGGUAUCGAGCUCGCAACUUCAUGUCUGACGGCGCCAGAGCUGCCUGGUCGAAGAGGGGUUGUGGGGAUUUGCACCGCCGAGAACCAGGGAAGCAUAAACACAGGAAAUGCGAGCGGCCUCUUAGCCUUCAGCCGUCAAAGCCUGUGCUUGUUCACCCGGGCUCCAAAAGGUGUGUUAUGUCAGGGGCGGAUGUGGAGGUGUACCUGUCUCAGGUGCACGACGGGAGCGUGUCGUCGGGGUUCCGGGCACUCUACGAGGAGCGUCUGCUGCUGGACGUUACGCUAUUGAUAGAGGAGCACCACUUCCAGGCCCACAAGGCACUUCUGGCCACGCAGAGCGACUAUUUCCGGGUCAUGUUCACAGCAGACAUGAGGGAGAGGGACCAGGACAAGAUCCACAUGAAAGGGCUGACUGCUGCUGGGUUUGGCCACAUCCUCCGAUUCAUGUACUAUGGCUCGCUGGAGCUCAGCAUGCCCACCGUCCAGGAGAUCCUGCAGGCGGCCAUGUAUGUCCAGCUGACGGAGGUGGUGGAGUUCUGUUGCUCCUUCCUGCUGGCAAAGAUCUGUCUGGAGAACUGUGCCGAGGUCAUGCGCCUCCUUGAGGACUUCAGCGUGGGUGUGGAAGGUGUCCAGGAGCAGCUCGACAAUUUCCUGGUGGAGAACUUUGUCCCUCUCAUGGGCCGACCCGAUUUCUUGUCCUACCUCAGCCUCGAAAGACUGCAGGCAUACCUGAACAGCGAUGCUCUGAGCCGCUACCCAGAAAUCGAGUUGUAUGAAGCCGUACAGACGUGGCUGCGACACGACAGGCGGCGCUGGAGGCACACGGACACCAUAGUGCAGUCCAUCCGCUUCUGUCUCAUGACUCCUGCCAACAUCUUUGAAAAGGUGAAGACGUCAGAGUUUUACCGUUACUCCCGGCAGCUGAGGCAGGAGGUGGAUCUGGCACUCAGCUAUUUCCAUGAUGUCAACCAGCAGCCUCUUGUGGAAACACGCUCCAACCGAAUCCGCUCUGUCCGCCCACAGACUGCCGUUUUCAGGGGAAUGAUUGGUCACAGCAUGGUGAACAGCAAGAUCCUUCUGCUGCAGCGUCCAAAGGUGUGGUGGGAGCUGGAGGGACCUCAGGUGCCGUUGCGACCAGACUGUUUGGCUAUCGUCAACAACUUUGCCUUCCUGUUAGGUGGAGAGGAGCUGGGGCCCGACGGGGAAUUCCACGCCUCCUCCAAGGUGUACCGCUAUGACCCCCGACAGAACUCCUGGCUGCGCAUGGCCGAUAUGUCUGUACCAAGGUCAGAGUUUGCCGUAGGCGUCAUCGGUAAGUUUAUUUACGCUGUAGCGGGGCGCACGCGAGACGAGACCUUCUACUCCACAGAGCGCUACGACAUCACAGAGGACCGCUGGGAGUUUGUGGACCCGUACCCUGUAAACAAGUACGGUCACGAAGGAACAGUCCUCAGCGGGAAACUGUACAUCACCGGCGGCAUCACCUCUUCCUCCACCUCCAAACAAGUGUGCGUGUUUGAUCCAGGGCGGGAAGCGGGAGGUGGGGGAGGAGGGAGCUCGGGCGGCUCGGACGCACACAGGACACGUGCCGGCCGAGGCUCGCUGCUGCCUGGCACGCAUACCAGCUGCUGGGAGAACAAAUCCAAAAUGAACUACGCUCGCUGCUUCCACAAGAUGAUCUCUCACAACGGGAAGCUCUACGUGUUCGGGGGGGUGUGCGUGAUCCUGCGGGCGUCCUUCGAGUCGCAGGGCUGCCCGUCCACAGAGGUGUAUGAUCCAGAGACUGACGAGUGGACCAUCCUCGCCUCCAUGCCUAUCGGGCGCAGCGGCCAUGGGGUGGCAGUGUUGGACAGGCAGAUCAUGGUGCUGGGUGGCCUGUGUUACAAUGGCCACUACAGUGACUCCAUCCUCACCUUCGACCCUGAUGAAAAUAAGUGGAAGGAGGACGAGUAUCCCAGGAUGCCUUGCAAACUGGACGGUCUGCAGGUUUGCAGUCUGCACUUCCCAGAGUAUGUGCUAGAGCACGUCAGACGCUGCAGCUGAGGUCUGCUCCACCACAAGCCUCCUUUGUCUAGACAGUGCGAUGUUGGCAGACCGGAGUCUCCCGCCUGGAGACGGCGCUAAGGCACAGGCUUUUAGAGACCAGCACUUCCUGAGGAAAUGAUGGGCCGGGCCAUAGGUUUGCUGUUCUUAAAGAAGGAAAUCGAAGAGUUGUGUGAUAAGAUGUCACCUUUUAAGCUUGAACAUUUUCAGAAUUAGCUUUCUCAGAAAAUUACAGAAGGGUCUUUGUGGGGAGAAAGCAGUUUUACUCUGUGGUCAGUUUCCUGUUGAACCAGUCACCUGCUGUAUUUAGGGGGUGUAGUCAGGCUUACUGCAGCAACGCACUGGAACCAUCAGACACAAAGGGGCAGGCUUAUUUUAUUUCACCUUUAUUGCAGGUUUCUUUGCCCACAUCCUGAGAUUUCAUAGUAUCCACUGACCUCUUCAAAGGCAAAUACCCUUUAUAUGGUUAAUCAGUUUAUUGCUCUAUACAUUAAGAAAUAUGAUAAUGAAAGGCGAGACGUGACUGUAGCUAUUCAACUCAGAUAAUGCCCUGUACACUAUGUAUGUUUAAGUUAAAGCAUACAAUCAGGAGUUUAAACUAAAUGCUAUUAACACUAUACUGUAUUUAUAUAUAUGGUGUAGCUAAUACCUGUGUAGAGAAACCCAGAUAUCAUGACCAGUGCUGCUGAGGCUUCAGUCCCCCACAGCUGUGACUUGUAACAUUAUAAGUGGAUCAGUUUUGGCUUCCAGUGCGUUCUUGCCUGUAGUCCUAAUCCUGCUCUUUACUUCCAGAUAUCCACCAGACUGUGCUCAUGUUCAUAUCACUUCACCGUGUCUUUCUGUGGCCCCUCCCCUUCCUCUUUCUCAGCGUGUGUUGCUGUGUGAAUGAGUGGAUGCAGGACUGGAGGGAAAUGCUACCUGAUACAGGAGGGCUCAUCCAGUGUCUGACAGUGGUGAUGGGAACUCGUACUCCAGAGAGCGAAGGCUGUGUUUUUGUUUUUUUCCCUCAUUAUUUGGGUCCAUCUAGUCACUGGCACUGCUUUACUUACUCUGGUCUACAUUUCUUGCACUUUAUUUUUUCUUAUGACAGCUGUUGGGUGUACAUGCAGGUUUACCAGCUAACCGUCGAAGCUGCUGCAUGUUACAAUGAGCAGUGUUGCAGGCACUGAGCAUCGUGGUGUCACGGGUCGGAAUUGACCUGUACGGACCCCCCAGGUUACAGUUGAUUGCAAAGUUUAACCAUGUACAGUGUGAUGUACAGUUUUGCUGCCACUGUUGCAUUUUAAAGUAAUAAUUCACAAAACCUUGGUGCAGAGUGCAGUGAAAAGAUACAAAGCAGGUGUGUGUUCACACCCACAUUAAUGGUGAUAUACAUCGCACGGGCACAUUUUAUGAAUUUUCAUUGUCAUGGAAACAGUCAAACUGCUAAUCAUACACAUAGGCUAUAGUUACAAUUAUGAAAUGUCACAGUUUGUGAUCCACUGCUACGUAGCAGUGUUUGAGAUUAACUGUCUCUGAUAUGUCAAGGUAAAGUCGGUACACCUACCGUAACAUGUGCACAUAGUUUGGACAUUUACCUGUAAAUUACACUACACGUCGUUGAGUACAAAACCAGGAGCAGCGUAUUUGAAUUUAAGCCAACAAAGUUCAGCUAUGACAGGGGAAAAAAAUCACUGUCCAGUGUUUCAACGGAUCUUCUCCAGUAUGUCCACCAGCGUUCGGCAGUCAGCUCUGUUUAUUUCAGACCUAGAGUGCUCCGGUCCUGUCAAAAGGUUUGUUCGGCUGAUGCAAAGUCUGUCUCAGCUUGAUCCUGCAGCCCAGCAAGCCCCUCUCAGUGACCAGCUCAGUGGUUUGGACCUCGGCCUUUCUACGUAUUUACUUUCAUCUUUGUAUUAUACCGUGAAAAGGGCUAGAGCAUAUACUGAUUCAGAGGUGUUGCUAUUCACCGAGCUAUGCAGAAUUAGGAGUAGGAUUAUUUAUUAUGACCACAAUUUCCUUGUGAAUGUUUUUUUCCAGGCCUUUCCUUGUCUUGUCCACUUUCCUCUCCUCCUAAGCAGCACUGCAUGUGGCUGAAUGGAUGCUUUGACAACUGCUUUUCAUCUGCAAACUGACCAGAAGAUGGGUUGAAAAUGAGCAAGCCAAGAGUGGCAGUAUUUGGAAAUGUGGUUGGGUCCUUGUAUGCAAAGUAUCAUUUACAGAUUUUCAUUGUCUAAUGAGGGAUCAGACUUGAGUUUGUUCCAGAUGUGGAAACACUGAUAUUGUCCUUUAGUGCAUGGUUCUUGGUACCAGUGCCGUCCCUUGUCCCCUCACAGACCCCUCGAGUUCUAGAUGCAUCUUAAUAGUUCACGUGAAGCUGCUGAGACUUGUCUCACUGGGGAAAUCUUCAGUGCUUUGUGUUACACAAUGUAACAUUUCCCACGUCAACGCCACUUCAGCAGCAAGAAGCGUGUUUCGCUCUGGAGUUUAUAAUAACUCUGUUGAAAAGGUUUGACAGAAAAAGUGUUUUCAGAAAUGCAGCAAAGGCAUGAGAGCUGCAACUAAUGAUUAGUCUGAUGAUUACUUGCUUAAUCAUAUGUCCAACAACAUUUCUUAAGGCCCAAAUGUAUUGUUUUGUUUAACCAACCAAAGCUCAAAGGUUUCAUUUACUGUCACAUACGACAAAGAAAAGCAGCCUCACCUUUUGGCUUCACCUUUUGAGGAGCUAGAACCAGCAAUUUUUUUUUAUCUUAAGUAAUCGAAUAAAUGAUACAGCUGUAAAAUGUUGUCAUAGCACAGGAGCUACGUAUCAUUUUGUAAACUUUUGCCAUGAGCCUAGUAAAACCAAGUUCACAUGAACACUAAGUAGAAAGAACAAGCUGUUUCCAAAACCUUUUUUCUAUUUUCAGAUAUUUUACCGUUCAUAUCAUUUCAUGUUCUCCAUUUUUCAGAUUCAAAACAUAGUUUUUUAUGGCCAUACCAUUCUUCUGCACAUUCUUUAUUUCUGGCCUGGUCACAUUUGGUGUUCCACCUCCACGACCUUCAGAAUAGCCACCGAAGAGUCACAUAUGAUGAACACACGGUGUCAGAGGCAGCUCUGGUUGGGAAACGAACCUCUUGAACUCCAUGUCCUCACUGUGCUUUACAGCUGGUACCAUGUACAUGACAGGCUGCAGUCCCCCAACCUGCAAAUGUCACUGUUUAAAGAAGAAACAUGUAACCCAUGAAAUACUACUGUCCUGAGGCACAUUCAGUCAUAGCGCAGUGUCCUUUAGUCCACCAGUCUUCAGUCUACCUGUAGGAAAACAGAAUAGAGGAUUUAACAAAAACAUACCUUGCUAUAAUGACUAUACCUGAAAAAGAAAGUAAAAUCAAACAUAUCUUAUAAUACGAGUAGAAAAUCUUUGGAAACUAUUUGUAACUUAUUUCCAGAAAUAAAUGUUCAUAUUGGUCUACUUUCA